UAUCAUAAAAGCGUAACGCUACUGCUCAGCUCCGCCUGAUCUCUGCUUUCAUCGUCAGGGAGAUAAAGUUAAGUUAAACAGAGUGCUCAAUAAAUUCAGGAGAAGAUCUUAACACUCAGAAAACUCAAUGAAUACGAUAAGUCAAAUCUUCGUUGCGGUUCUACUUUUCAGUACGUACUGUUCAGCCGACAAUCACGGGAGAGGUGUUGAAAACGCUACAGUUGUUGCAGACGACAAGACGAUUUGGGAAGACAUUUAUAGGUCUAUAAAUGCCAGCGGAACGGCGAGAACGGAUGAAGCUAAUCUUGAUAUAUUCGACACCAUACUCAUGGUAAAUGCAAGAGAAAGAGGAAGCGGAAUUGGAAGGAGUGAUGAAAACGUAUUUCUCUUCGAGGGAGAUAUAGAAGUCGACAAAACCGAACUCACCAAGUCCGGAUAUCCAAACUCAUCAUCUCGAAAAAAAAGAGCAGUUAUAAGGAAUAAUGGACGUAACCUUUGGGGUAGUAUCAUAUACUACGUUUUGGAUAGAAGUCUCACAAGUAACGCAAGGCACUAUAUAGGCACCGCAACAAGAGAAUGGCAUAACACAUUGCCGUGCAUAACCUGGCGAGAUAAUACUGGAGGAUCAAGAAAGAGUUCGUACAUGCAUUUCUUCCGAGGCGGAGGAUGUUACUCCCAAGUUGGCCGUGUCGGAGGAGGACAAAGAGUUUCGAUUGGAAAUGGGUGCGAUCAUCAUGGAAUUGUAGUUCAUGAAAUUGGUCACGCAAUGGGACUCUGGCACGAGCAAUCACGUCCGGACAGGGAUAGAUAUGUAAAUAUCCUUUGGAAUAACAUCAUCCCAUCAACGAGGUUCAACUUUCAGGUUCAACCGAGGUCGCGGGUUGACGAUUUAGGAGUUGGUUAUGAUUAUGAGAGCGUCAUGCAUUACGGAGCUACAGCAUUUGCCAGGAGCCGUGGCUUGAGAACAAUCGUAAGAAAAGAUGGUGGGCAACGUAUUGGGCAACGUAGAGGAUUAAGUACAAAAGACAAACUUCAAGUACAACGUUUGUACAAGUGUGGUACAGCAAAAACUACAGUGAAACCAACGACGGUUAAACCAACAACUCGUCCAGCAAUUUGCAGAGAUCAAUUAUCGCACAGCCAAUGGUGCAUCGAGUCUAAGAAGCUGUCGUUAUGUAACAAUGGAUUGUUCAAGAGUUACAUGACUCGAUAUUGCUGCAGCACAUGCAAGCCGACACCGGCUCCUACCACAACGCCGCCACCACGUCCAACCACCAAGCCAGCAGGAUGUAGAGAUAUAUCUCCGAAGAACUCGUGUAUACGAUGGAAAAAAGCAAAGUAUUGUACAGAAACGUAUGUGGCUUAUAUGAAGAAAAAUUGUUGCGAAACAUGUUCCUGUCGCGACAAGACGGGUGGUUGUGUUAAUUGGGCAAAGGCGGGCUACUGCACGGACAAUCGGUUCGAGCGUUACAUGCGAGACAACUGUAAAGACAGCUGCGGAUUAUGUAACUAAUUGGUAUGUAUCUUAAUCAUCAACAGUAUAUCCGGGAAGAAAUAAAGUAAAAAACAAAUUCUGAUUUUAUGUGAACUUUAUACCAUGUAAUCUUUAAUUCUUAAGGGGUAAAAUGAAUAAACAAUAAAGUUUUGCAUCAGC